AUGGACUUGGCGGAGGUGUGCUAUCGAUGUGGGGUUGCUGGCCACAAGGCCAAUGAAUGCAGCUCGAAAGAGCUGCAUUGCGCGGUCUGCUCAACGGCUGGGAAGCCAGCAGACCAUAAGAUGGCGGGAAGGGCCUGCAACCCUCCGAAGGUGACGAAGGGCCUGGGAGCCCAAAGGACUGGGACAACUGUGGGGAACGCUCCCAUGGAGGUUGGUGUGGCACAACCAUCAUAG